AUGUCCCUCUCAGCGCUACCCAACGAAUUGCUUCAGGCCAUAUCGGAGAAUGUGCCCAGUCUCGCCGACGUCAGCGCCCUGGCCAGGACGAAUUGGCACAUGUUCCACGUCCUCAUCCCCCAGCUGUACCGUCGCAACCACGACCUGAGUAACGAGAGCCUCUAUCAUGUCCGCAUUAGAAGCAAGUCGGCUGUGACAUGGGCCAUCCAGCGGUAUAAGCCCGAGACAAUCCGACGGGCCGUGACGGUCGGUGUAGACCUCGUGCAGCUCCAGCAUAUCAUGCUGGCAAUGAAGCGUGGUCAGUGCGACAUAUUCCAGGCUCUCUGGGCCUGCAAGUUGGAAUACGGCGGCUUCGAGAAUCUCGAUAAAUAUGAGGCUGGCGCGAAACCAAUCGUAGUCGCAGCCAAAUCUGGAAAGGUUGAAAUCGUCAGAGCGCUGGUUGAAACAGGCAAGGUUGAUCUCGAAGCUGGCCGCGAUGUGUGGACGCCGCUACUGAUCGCAUGUCAAGAUGGAAACCACCAGAUGGUAAAACUGCUCCUAGAGCAUGGCGCGAACAUUAGAAACCCCCGGGCUCAACGAGCAGCUCUGACGGUUGCUGCGUUGAGGCACCAGCCAGGGAGACAAGUGAGACGCAAGAGGGAAAGGGGGGGCACCAGCUAUCUUGAGACGAUCCGCGUGCUUUUUGAGCACGGCGCGCAGCUCGAGUAUAAAGAGUCAAACGGCAACACUGCUCUUCAUACGGCUGCGCUUGAGGGAUUCUGCGACGUGGUCGAUCUGCUCGCUUCUCUGGGCGCCGAAGUCGACACCCGUGAUGGUCAAGGCAACACGCCUCUGAUCAGCACUAGCUUGAAGUUCGGGAAGGCUGAUAUGACCCAGCUCCUCUUACGCCUAGGGGCCGAUAUUAAUGCCAAAAAUGAAAGAGGAAACUCCCCAUUGUCGAUGACACGAGACACGGCUGAGCCAGUGGCAGUAGCCAAGAUUCUACUCGAAAACGGUGCCAUGAUCAUGGCUGACAUUGAAGGCAACACACCACUGCAUCUUUCCGGCCACAUUGGCUCCCUGGAGUUGGCCGAGUUGUUGUUGGAGUACGGAGCGGAUAUUCAUGCCCUCAACACACAAAAUAAAACACCACUUCACUGCAUUGCGGAAGAAAAGGAUGCCGGGAAGAUUGUACGGCUGCUGGUUGAUAAGGGCGCAUCUCUCACUGCCGCAGCUAGAGGUGGCGAGACACCUCUGGGAUGUGCCAUACCCCAUCAAUCGCUGGAUACUAUUCAGUUUCUACUCGAGAAAGGAUCGGAUGCUAAUGCAGUAACAAAGAGCGGUUCAUCGGGGCUCCAGCACGCAAUAGAAUCUAGAGCCAUUAAGUUAACCGAGCUUCUCUUGCAGCACGGCGCUGAUCUGGGAACAUUCGACUAUAACGGUCAAGGUGCCUUACACUUUGUGUCAAUGGUUGGGAAUACCCAGCUCAUGGAGAGCUUCAUUCGCCACGGAGUUCCGAUUAAUUCGCGGGAUUCCCAAGGGCGUACACCUCUCAUGUGUGCUCUCGAAGGAGCCACGGGUGUUAAUGUCGAUAUACUACUACAACAUGGGGCAAGCGUCAACGAGACAGAUGAUCUACUCCAGACAGCUUUACACAAGGCAGCGAAACGUGGAAUGGUGAAAGCGGCGAGGACCCUACUUGAGAAUGGGGCAGAUGUCAACGUCAAGGAUAAGGACGAUCAAACUCCGCUACACAUCUCCAAGAUCUCAAGGCGUCUCAAGAUGGUGGAGAUCUUGUUGGAUUAUGGUGCUGAGUGUAGCAUUGCAGGUUGUUGUGAAGGGAACACAGUGCUUGAAGUGCUUGAGACAGCAACAAUAUCACCCGGCGAGGUCUAG